AUGUACGAAGCUUUAUUGAAACGAGAAACCUCGUUGGAAAAACAGACUUCAAGUAUGGUUACUGCUGAUGUAGUCUAUAUCUUAUUUUGUUCCUUUGGGGUGUUUUUAAUUACUCCGGGGAUUGCAAUGUACUAUAUGGGUUUUAUGAAGAGAAAGAAUAUAGUGCAAGUGUUAUUUCAAAGUUAUAUGACCACUGCGGUGGUGGUGAUUCUUUGGUAUUUGAUCGGGUAUUCAAUUGCUAAUUCACCUUCUAGUUCUUCUACCAUGUAUGGGGACUUGGCCCAUGCUGCUUUGCAUAAUGAAGAGGCAAAACCCCUUUUAGAAGAUGGUUCGAUACCCUCAGUUGUUAAUUUUUGUUUUAAUGUUUUCUUCCCGGUUGCAACUGCACAAAUUUUCUUGGGUGCAAUUGGUGAAAGAGGUCGAGUAUUACCUUCACAAAUCAUUGGGAUAUUAUUCACUAUCGCUGUUUAUUCUCCACAAGCGUUUUGGACCUGGUCUGGAUGGCUUUAUAACCUCGGGGCCCUUGAUUUUGCCGGGGGUGGUCCAGUCCAUAUUUCCAGUGGGGUUGCUUCUUUAGUUUACUCAUUUUAUCUUGGUCCAAGAGGACACCCUGAAGUUAAAAUCGGUAAGGUUCCUCAUUAUAAGGGCCAUUCUGCCUUAACCACCUUCAUUGGUGUCACUUUGAUUUGGGGUGCUUGGUUUUGUUUCAAUUCCGGUACUUUAUUAGCAGUCAAUACUAGAACUGGUUAUAUCUUUUUAAAUACUAUUUUAGCUUCUUCAUUUGCCAGUGUCACCUAUGUCAUUUUGGAUAAGCUCAUCACUGGUAAGUAUAGUUUAAUGGCUGCCUGUGAUGGGGUUAUAGUUGGUUUGGUUAAUAUUACUCCAAGUUGUGGAUUUUACCCACCUUGGGCUGCUGCAAUUACUUCAAUAAUCAAUGCUUCUAUUUGUAGAAGUUUAGGAAACUUCAACCAAUGGGUGGGUAUUGAUGAUUCAAGUCAUUCAUUCGUUGUUCAUGGAGUUGGUGGGAUUAUUGGUUCAACCUUGACUGGGAUUUUUGCAUCCAAAACCAUUGCUGGAUACGAUGGGGUUACUGAUAUUGAAGGUGGUUGGAUCAACGGACAUUUUGUUCAGCUUGGUCACCAAAUCGCUGCCUGGACUUCAAUUGUUAUUUGGACCGCAGUCUUCACCUAUAUUAUCAUUUUCAUUGUUGAUCAUAUUCCUGGUUGUAAAGUUACGGCCGAUGCCGAUGCCCAAGAAAUGGGGAUGGACUUAUAUGAAAUGUCCGAGACUUUAGAUGAGUUUGGUAACAAUUAUGAUGAAUUUUUCUCAAGCUAUGCUCAUAGAUUACGGGAAAUUGCCGAUGCAAUUGACCAUCAUAAGAAUAGACACGGUACUAUUGAAGUAUUAGAGGGUACAUCAGCAAAUGGUUCUGAUUCAAUCCAUUCGGUUAAUGUUCACUAUGAACAAAAAGUGUAA